AUGAAAAGUCGGGAAGCGGCUCUUCAUAUAAUAGUCUUUCUAUCGAUUUUGUGGUCCACCAAACAUACUCGAGCAGCUCAGUGCUAUGAAGGGACGAAAAGUUUUGAAAAAGUAGAAGUGCAAAGACCGUACUGCAAGUUCACCAUAAAAUAUAGCAACCGUGACUGUGAAAAACGGCCGUGGAUCAGUUUAGAAGCGGCUGAUGACUGGAGCAACUUAGUUAUUCGAAAACCGGUAUGCUACUAUAGACGCUACGAGGUGACAUGCUUUUGCUAUGGCCAUUUAUGCAACGAGGGAAAUAAUAUAAAGGAAAUAUUGGCAAGAGAACUCAUUGAUGCAACCACUCAACAGCUAGUGAGGAUUAUCACCUGCUAUUUGCUAAAGCAUGCGACAGGAGUGAAGACUGCAACCGAAGAGAAAGACGAUGAUAGUGAAAAUGCAUUCGUUAGAAGACCGAUGAAAAAAAACAAGAUUAUGCAGGAAGGGCAGGAAAAGGGAGGAACGAAGUUGACGAUGUAUAUCGUUGUUGGAGGUGCUGCUGUGCUUGUCAUUGUCACACUGCUUUCGCUGUUACUUGCUCUAUUGGUCGUACUAAAAUCAAGAAAGAAAUCGCGAGCUGCUGAAGAGGACGAGGAUUCUGAAAGUAAUGCCGCGUCGCACCGAACACCAAAUGAUUACGACCGUCUUGGAGCGGCAAAAGAAGGUGGUGGCGGUCAUCGAGUAACAUUCUCAACUCCUCCAGAGAAACUUGUUCGGGAUAGAAGCAAGUCGAGUACGUGGGAAGCAAACAGCGUAAGGCGAGGGGAGUAUUCCACUAGCGAAAGAUUCGAUGAAGGGCAAAGUACUAGCGAAGACGAUAGCCGCUAAUGAAGCAUGUUGGUGUCAGGCUUAUUUGAGACUCAUUUAUGUGC